AUGAUUCACAUACCUACCGGUACCUUCCCUUCCCGCAUCAUGCCUCAGCCUCUACAACAAUAUAUCCAUUCAUCCCUUCUCAUUACCCAACUCCCACGAGACGAACCCGAAAAUUCAAGAUCCAAGACGGGGAACACGGACGACCGGGCAGGGGCCCCCUUUCUCCUCUCCCACGCCAACCAAACAUCGCCUUCGGUUCCUCAAUACCGAGCCACCGCGACCACGACGAGACAAACGUCAACAAUACCAUCAUCACCAAACGCCUUCAUCGACUUUGCUCAGCCUCUGCCUAGUCAGCACCAACUUUCUACCGCAUUGGGUACCCAAAUUCUGCCUGCAGCAUCACGCUUGCCAACAUCCCCCAAGGCAGCUUUCUUUAGCCUUUACCGCCCCUUAGGUACCUCUCAUCGCCCCAAGACACAUGGCCUGAACCUCCCAAAAUGUUUCAAAUCCACCAUUCUUCCUACAAUACCAAUACCAUCCACCCUGUGCAUGCAUCCCGCUAACCUGCACCCGCUCAUAUAG